UUUCUUCGGCCGCGGAGAAGGGCAUGGAGUUGGCGGGAGCCUAUAAAAGCCCCUGACAGGCAGCCGGGGCCACGGCGCUGCGACUGCCUCCGCGGACAGAGCCGGGCCGCGAACCAUGUCCCACCACUGGGGGUACGGCAGCCACGAUGGACCCGCGCACUGGCACGAGCACUUCCCCAUCGCCAACGGCGAGCGACAGUCCCCCAUCGCCAUUAGUAGCAAGUCCGCCAAGUACGACCCCGGUCUAAAGCCCCUGAGCUUCAGUUAUGAUGCCGGCACGGCCAGGAACAUCGUCAACAACGGGCACUCUUUCAACGUGGAGUUUGAUGAUUCUUCUGACAAGUCAGUGCUGCAAGGAGGAGCGCUGGAUGGAGUCUACAGGCUGGCCCAGUUUCACAUUCACUGGGGAUCCUGUGAUGGCCAGGGAUCUGAGCACACUGUGGAUGGUGUGAAAUACGAUGCAGAGCUCCAUAUUGUUCACUGGAAUGUAAAAUAUGGUAAAUUUGCUGAAGCUGUGAAACAUCCUGAUGGUUUGGCUGUGGUGGGCAUCUUCAUGAAGGUAGGAAAUACCAAGCCUGAAAUACAGAAAGUUGUGGAUGCUCUCAGCUCCAUUCAAACCAAGGGAAAGCAAGCUUCUUUCACAAACUUUGACCCCACUGGACUGCUUCCUGCAUGCAGAGACUACUGGACAUACCCUGGUUCACUGACCACUCCCCCACUGCUGGAAUGUGUGGUCUGGCAUGUUCUGAAGGAGCCCAUCACUGUGAGCCCUGAGCAGAUGUGCAAACUCCGUGGCCUUUGCUUCAAUGCUGAGAAUGAGCCUGUGUGCCAUAUGGUGGACAACUGGCGCCCAUGUCAGCCUUUGAAGAGCAGAGAAGUCAGAGCUUCCUUCCAGUAACCUCAGCAUUGAGUGUGUUUAGAAAUUGCUGUGUUUGUGAGAAGCCCCUUUGCUAAGCACAAAUCAGACCUUUGCCAUGUGUGCCCUGGCAACAUCUUGUCUCCCAGAUCUCUUCCUUCUUUUGCUCUGCAUCUAAAAUGCCAGCUAAUGAAAUGUGAAAGGCUCUUGGCCAAAUAGGAAAAAGGGUUCUUAAGGUGUGGGCUUGGGAGAUGCAUAUGGGAGGGUCGCAGGGUGGUGGGGGUGGUGGCUGUGUGUAUUUUGGUGACUAUUACUGCAACUGACACUUUGUAACUGCAUUGGCUACUUGGGGGAGGAUAAGGUGAUAGUGGAAUAAGCCAUUUUUAAGAAACCUCAUCCACUGGUGUGAUAGUACACAUAACUAACAGUAACUUGAAGCUUUGUGAAAAGCACAGGAAUAUAGAAUCUAGAUAUGACAUAGGAAAGAAAAAAAAAGGUAUUUUAAGCAAGUAAAGCAAAAUUAAUAUUGAGAAUUAGACUUUUUAGAUUUUAAGAAACUGACAUGUAAAUAUUUUUAAGACUGUUUUACAUUUUUACCCAUGCUAUCAACAACCUUGAUUUUUGUCUUAAUGGUAGUGUUGGAUUUUUUUAAUUGAACAUGUUCUCAGUUUAAGUAUUCUCUUCAAAAGUUGUUAUGACCAUAGAAAUAAUACAAAGGGUCUUUUCAUUGAAAUAAUAUAUGCUCUAAUUUAAAGAGUAAAAUAAUAUUGUAUUUUAGAUAAGUUCUCUAAUAAAUCUAUAAUUAUA